AUGUUAGCCUUAGUCAAUACGACAACAUCUUCAUUACGGGGAGGUGGUUGUGGAUCUUUUAAAAUGAAUCCAAGAACAUAUGGAAACUUACAGUCAGAUAUUUAAGAUAUAUAGAAUUUCAUUACCAAAUUUAAAUCUUUUGUUGAAAUAAUUUGUGCUAAAGCUGAUGUUGCUAUCAAUUCAAUAGAAUCUUAAGAAAUAAUGAUAGCCAUACAAUGGUUUAUUUUUUAAGAGGAAAACAUAUACAAACUCAAUCAGAAUCCCUAAAAUAUCAUGAAAUCAUACAACCUUAUUGUAGAGGGAAUCCGAAAAUUAUUGAAAAGUUGUUUGAUCUAUAUUAGAACAGACUCGUUUAAAUGUUUGCAUAUCUUAUAGAUUACAGCAUCUCUAUCAAAAGUUAUAUUUAGUUUCCAUGUAAUGAAUAGUGAUAGAAUUAUGAAUUUUGAUUUAUAAAAGGAAUUUUUAGACAUUUCUGAUGAUUUAAAAUAAUAAAUAGAAUUAGAGAAGAAUGAUUUGAUUUAAAUUUAAAUCGAAGUUUAUCUUUUCUUAACGAAAACUUCUUUCGAAAUGGCUCCAAAUAAUAAUCACGAAAGGAAAGAUAUUGUAAAAGGAUUUGUAAGUGGUAUAUUUAAAUCGUUAAUUCAAUUGAAACCUAAUGCUUAAUUACUUGAAUCCUUAUUUAUGGCAGCCUGCCAAAUUCACAACAUACAUACAAUUAAAAAAAAUAGAAAAUAAUAUGAGGUGUAUUUUUAAAUUGACAUGUUAUAAUGGGAAAUUAUAAGAUUUUUUAGAAAUGAAAAAUUAUUAAUUCUUAAAGAAAUACUUUUACAAAUUUAGGGAAUAUAUGAAAAUCUUGUGAAAAAUUCAAACAAUUGGAAAAAUCAUUUUUUGUGGAUUUAAAUGAUUGGGAAAAUCUUAAUUUUUAAUCCUCUUUUAACAAAACAAAGAUUAAAUUAGUUAAUGAACUCAAACGAUUUUGGAGCUAAUUCAAGGCAAAUGUGGAAGGAAUAUCAGAAAAAAGGAUUACUUAUUUAAACAAACCAUUCAAAUGACUAAGCUGUUAUUUUACUUAGUUAACUUUAAAAUAAUAAACUGAUAUAACUGGAUAGAAAUAUGUUGGAAGAUAGUUUCAAAGGAUGGGAAGACUUUCUUAUAAUUAAACAAUAUUUAAUUGGUGAAUUAAAUGAAAAUACACCAUAUACAAUUCGUUCCUAUUUAAAAUCUAAAUUAGAUUUGUUUAGAAAAGAUUACUAAAAAAAUGAAAAAAUUUUAACUAUUGAGAAAAUGAAAAUGCUUUUAAGUUUCAUUAUUCCAACGAAAUUAAUUAAUUUAAUAAAAUAAAAUAAUGAAAAUUUGGGGGAGGUGAUUAAAGUUUAGAAAUAAUUUAGGAAAAAUGAGUGGGUAAACAAAAGACUAUUACAAAGCACUGUUGAUUCUUAAUUAAAAAAGAUAAUUUGCAACUUAGAUGAAUAUUUGUAAAAUACAUAAAAAAUUCUUAAGAUUUUUAAUCUUAAUUAGAUUAACAAUAACUGUUCGGCUGAAUAAUUCAAAUAGGUAUUUGAAUUUAAUAUGUUAUUUUAACUUAAAUAUUUGAUGAAACUAUUAGAAGAAAUAUUAUUAUAAGCAAUUUAAGAAAUUAAAAAUAAAAUAAAUCAACUCUGCAAGCAAGAUGGCUUAAAUGAUGAAAUAAUAAUACUUUAGUAAUAGAAAGAGUUGAUUUAGGAGCAAUUAAAAAAUCUAAAUCUGAAAGAUAACCAGUUUUCAUUUGUCAACAAGUUAUACUAGUAACUUCUUGACUUGCUAAUUGCAACUCCUGACUAAAAGGGCUUUUUGAAAAAAGCUAAAAGCAUGUUAAGACUUAUUGAAGAUUCUAAAAAAUAAAUCUUAAGGCUAGAAGUUAUUUCACUUAAAAAGUAUAAAUUUAUUGAAUGUUUUCAGAGUUUAUUGAAUCAUCAAUAUUUUCAGUAACAUCUACAGAUUGAAGAAAUUCAAAAAGAUGUUAAUGAAUCCAUUUUAUGUUUUUAGGCAAUAUUAAUUUCACAGUAUGAAAUAGAGUCUGUUUAAGAAUUUGGAGAAAUUUAAUAAUAAAUUUCUAAUAUUUUAUCAUUUGAAUUUGUAUAUAAGUUAAGAUUGAAGAAUUUAAAGCUCAAAUUAAAGCUAACUGCUUUGAAGGAGUCCUUUUAAAAUAUAUUUCUAGCCUAAUUAGAAGAAUUUUAAUAGUUAUAACAAGUUAUCAAUUUGGAUGAAUUUCUCCUUAAUGUAAUUAUAAAUUACCCCCAAAAAUUAAUCGCCUGUCACAACUAAUAUUAAUAAUAAAUAUUACCUGAAUUAAUCGCAUUGAAAUUCACUGAGGAAGAUUUGUAAAAUAAUUUAUCUAAGUAUCAAGGAACAAUAGAAUACUUAAUAUUUAAAUUGAGUAUAGAUGAAUAAAUUAUUCAGACAGAAUAAAAGGAUCUAGAGUUGAUUCAGAAGGAAUUUGAAGAAUUAUUUAUAGAAGAAUCUAGCUCAAUUACACUAAUCGAAAGAAUAAUGAAGAUUAUUGGGAAUAUAUCAAUUAAGGAAUCAAUUAAAAAUGUGGCUGAUAAAAAAUUUAAACAAUCAUAAUUGAUUAUAGAGAAAGAAAAAUAUGAGAAUGUUUAGUAAUAAUUCAGGAUUAUUGAGAAAAAUGGCAAUUUUAAUAAUAUAGAACAUUUCAAAUAGUUUAUUGAUCAAAUCGAUAAAGUUGUUAAAGAAUUGAAGAAUUCCUAUAAUUAAAAUCUAUAAAUUUUAUAAAUACUUAUUUUAGAAUUAUUAAACAAUUUACUAGAAAUGCAAAUAGAAUUAAAAAAAAAAUUUCAUGAUAAACAAAAUAAGGAAGAAAAAAGGAAUUAUCAAUCUUAAUUGAAUGAUUAAUAAAAUGAGGAAGAAAAAAUUAAUUAUAAAUCUUAAUUGAAUGAUGAAAAAAAUGAAAAUUUUGUUAAGCAAAAAAAUGUUCUUAAUUGUUUUAAUGAUAAAUGUGAAAAAAAUUUAUAAAUCAUCAUUAAUGUUGUAAAAAUAAAAAAGAAAAAAAUUACACAAUAGAAACAGCAAUUAACAUAAUUAUUUGAAGAAAUUCAAUAGUUUAGAAAUACUAUUGUUCUAAUUCAGGACUAUAAAAAAGAGAUUUAAAGAAAAAUUACAAAUAUUUUUCUUAAUUGCCUCAAAGAACAUAUUAAUAAAUUUGAAUAAUCAUUUUGGACAACUGCUAACUUAUAUUAAAUGCAAAAUGAAUCAUUUAAAGAGUAUUUUGAUAGAAUAUAAAUCAGUAUAUUAUAAAUUCAAUAUGAAAAAAAUGAUAGCAAUAUAACAGUAUAAACAAAUAUUUGUGAUUUUCUCAAUAAUUUUUUGUUUGAGACGCAAUAAAAAUUAAGAAAACUAAAGUGUUUACCCUUAGAAAAAUAAAUUGAUUAAGAAUAUCUUAUUCAAUAAGUUAAAAAAAUAUAUCUAUUAGGAAAAGAGGAAGAGGAUGAAGAUGAUGCAGAAUCAAAUCAACAAAUAGGGUUAUUUGAUGUGUUGAAUCAAAAGUAUAAAGACUUUAAAAAUAAUGAGGAGUGGAAAAUUAAAUAGGGUCUAGUUUUUACUAUAAUUUAGAUUUCAUCAAAUUGCUUCACAGAUACAAUUAUGUAAUUUUGUUAAUAAGUUUUAAUUUAAUUGUGGGUUUAAGAAAAAGAUUAAAGAGUUAGAAAUUUAUUAAAACACUAAAACUUGAUAAGUUUGUAAAUGUAAAUUUUAUAGAAAGGAUGGUAGACUUAAAACUAUAGAAUUGAAGGAGAAAUGUAAUAAAUGCUGAGUCGAAUCGAUUUUUUGUAAGAAUAAAUUACCCAAGAAGCAAAUGUGAACAAACGAGAGCUAUAAUUGAAAGAAAUGGAUGAAACAACUGAGCAAUUAGAUGAAUAUAUUCAAAAUAUCAGUGAAAUGGGAUAAUAACUUAAAUUGAUAACCGACUUCGUUAAUCAUAUCAGAAAAGGUUUGAUAAGAGUAGAGGGAAAAAUUAAUGAGAUGAAGAAAUAACUAAGCAGCUUGACUAAUGACAUAAAAUUUCUGAGAGGAAAAUCUGUUGAAGAACUUUUUGAUAUUAGAAAAUCGAAAGUGUUGAAAGAAGCAGGAAAUAAAAAUGUAAGGUCUAUAUAUGUACCAUUAUAAACAUUGGAGAUAUUUCAUAAAUUAGACAAAGGGGAAAAGAAUGAAGAAAAGAGUAUAUUGAUGAAUUUAGAAAAUCUAUAUGAUAAAGAAGGGGAAGUGAAUGAGUUUUUAUUAGAUAAUUAAGAAACGGUAUUAUUAAUUCAUGGAGUAGCUGGAUCAGGGAAAAGUACUGCAGCUAAGAAAAUAGAAGAAUUUAUUUGGAAAUUAUAUGACAAUAAUUAAAAAAUUGGGAAUAAACAUCUAAUACCUAUAUAUAUUUCAUUACCCUCUUUAAAAAAUCCUGUGUUUUAAGCAGUAGAGGAAGCACUUCAUCAAGAUUAGUAUGGUUUUGAUGAGCUCUAAUUGAAAGAAUGUAAAGAGAUGUUAGAAAAGAAAGAUUUCCGAUUUCUAUUGAUAAUGGACAGUUAUGAUGAGAUGAAGUUAGAGAAUAUUUAGAAAAACUUGUAUAUUAAUAACAAGCUGAAAUAGAAUUGGUCAAACCCACUUGUUAUUUUUACUACAAGAAGUGAAAUUUUUACAAGUAGCAAUUAUUCUCUAUGGUUUGAACCUGAAGAGAAGGAAAAAUUAAAAGAAAUCAAACUUUUAAAAUUUGAUUCUUAAUAAAUGCAAUAAUAUCUAGAAAAAUUUACAAUUUAAAGUGUUAAAAUAUUGAUUUUUGAAAUUUAUGAAUGGUAAACUCAAAUUUCAAAAAGAGGAGUGAUUGAUAUCAAAAUGUUUGAAUUUUUUUGGGAAUAAUUGUAAUAAUUUCUAACAAAAGAAAUAUCUGGGUUGAAAAGGGAUAAUCUAUUGAAUUAAAAAUAAAUAGACCAUAUUUAAUUGUUAUUGAAGAAUGAUGAGUUUAUAACUUUAAAAAGUCAAGAUGCUAUAAGAAGUCUGAGCAUAAAUUUUCAAAAACUGUGGAGCGUUGAAAAGUACGACAAAAUGAUGAGGUAAAUUAAUUUAAAUAAAUUGGUUGUAACUCCUUAUAUGAUGGAAAUAGUGAUUUAAGUGUUGCCUGAAAUGAUUGCUAAAGCAACUGAGAUAAAUAAUUUGAAAUAAAAUUUUAUAAAGAAUUUUCCAAAGAUGCUUAAAGAGUUCUACAAAAGUAGGUAGCUGAUCCUAAUUUAUCAAUAACACUAGUAAGAACUAUUGGCAUCAAAUAAUGGAGAUGCAAACUAUUAGAAAGUUGUUUAUGAUAAAUAAUGUGAAGUUACAUUGUUUGAUUUAGAUAAAAUAAAUUUUCAAGAAAUGGCUUUCAAAUUUUGGGAUAAAAUAGAAGCAAAUUCAAUUAUCAUACAAACCUAGAUUUCUAAAGAAAUUCAUAUAUUAUAGAAAGAAUUCUUGGAAAUAUUAGGUCAAAGCCAUUCGCAAUUUAUAAUAUUUGCAAUUCAAAAUGAAAAAGCUUUUAUUGAAAUAGUUAUUGACUCAUUAAAAGAAUUUAAUCUGAAAAAUUAUGAUUUUUAUGAGGAGUUUAUACAUUAACACCAUCUGAAAUAAAUUGAAAAGAUGAGAAAAUUAGGAAAAGCUAUCAGUAUUGAUCGUUUUCUACAUGAUUUAAAACAAUAUUCAACUAACCUUGCAAAAAAAAUGAGCAUGAAUGAAAUGACUUAAGUAUAAUAUUAACAAUAAGGAUUAUUGUAUAAAGAAGAAAGAGAAAAUGAAAAAUGGCUCAAUGAUUUUUUUAAUGAUGAUGAUUAAUUUGGAUCUUAUAGAAAAGAUAUACGAAGUUGUUCACUUGUGUAAUCAAAUGGGGCUAUCUUUUAAUUUACCCAUAAAUCAAUAUAAGAUUUCUUAAUUGCAGCUGAUUUAUAUGAAGUGUUAGUUUAAUCAAAAGAUGUUGAUAUAUAAAUAAUGAAUACUAUAAUAGAAAUAUUGUCAAAAGAAAAUAAUCAAUAGGAUUGCUUAGAGUUUCUAUCAAAUGUAUAUUAAAAAUAUUCCUAGAAUGAUAAUAAAAUUGAAAAUAUAUCACUUUUGGAAAAACAAAAAUAACGUGAUUCUUUUUAAUUAACUAUUAAUACAAUUUCUAAUUUGAUCAAAACCAUAAUUAAGCACCAUUUUUAUUCUAUUAAUUAUUCCACCGAAAUUUACGCCGAAACAAGAUAAUUUCUCAUUUAAAAAAUAUCACAAGAAGAAAAAAUAAAAGAAUUUUUGAAAUUCUUAGUCCAUCUCACCAAAAUAGAUGACAAUUAUAUAAUAAGUGGAUCAAAUGCACUCAAUAUUUUGGUUGAAAUGAAAGUGGAUUUAACAAACUAAAAUUUCGAAAAUAUAAAAAUUUAAAAUACUUCUUUAGUUGGAGGAAAUUUUGCAAAAUGUAAUUUAUCAAAAUCAAAAUUAUUUAACGUAAAUAUCAAUGGAAGUAACUUAAGUGGAGCUUAAUUGUUUGAUUGUGAUUGGAAAUAAUUAAAAAUAAACGAUUUAUUUAUAUUAGAGGGUCAUUCAUCUGCUGUCUUAUAAGUCUGUUUUUCACCUGAUGGAAAUACAUUAGCAUCUGGUAGUGUUGAUAAUUCUAUCCGUAUAUGGAAUGUCAAAACAGGCGAAUUAAAAGCGUUAUUUUAUGGUCAUACUAACACUGCCACCUCAGUCUGUUUCUCUCCUGAUGGAAAUACAUUAGCAUCUGGUAGUUAUGAUAACUCUAUUUGUAUAUGGGAUGUCAAAACAGGAUAAUAAAAAGCCAAAUUAGAUGGUCAUUAUGAUUGCGUCAACUCAGUUUGUUUCUCUCCUGAUGGAAAUACAUUAGUAUCUGGUAGUGAUGAUAAGUCUAUACGUCUAUGGGAUGUAAAAAAAGGAUAAUGCAAAGCCUAAAUGGAUGGUCAUGAUGAUUCUGUCUUAUCAGUCUGUUUCUCUACUGAUGGAAAUACAUUGGCUUCUGGUAGUGCUGAUUGUUCUAUCCGUCUAUGGGAUGUCAAAACAGGAUAAUAAAAAGCCAAAUUAGAUGGUCAUACUUGGUAAGUCAACUCAGUCUGUUUCUCUCCUGAUGGAAAUACAUUAGCUUCUGGUAGUGGUGAUAAGUAUAUUCGUCUAUGGGAUGUAAAAAAAGAAUAAUAAAAAGGAUAAUUUGAUGGCCAUGAUGAUUCUGUCUUAUCAGUCUGUUUCUCUACUAAUGGAAAUACAUUGGCUUCUGGUAGUAGUGAUAAGUCUAUCAGUAUAUGGGAUGUCAAAACAGGAUAAUAAAAAGCCAAAUUGGAUGGCCAUACUCAUAAUGUCUAAUCAGUCUGUUUUUCUCCUGAUGGAAAUACAUUAGCUUCUGGUAGUGAUGAUAAGUCUAUCCGUAUAUGGGAUGUCAAAACAGGAUUAUAUUAAGCCAAAUUAGAUGGUCAUUCAUCUGCUGUCUCAUCAAUCUGUUUCUAUCCUGAUGGAAAAACAUUAGCAUCUGGUAGUAAUGAUAACUCUAUCCGUAUAUGGGAUGCCAAAACAGGAUAAUAAAAAGCCAAACUAGAUGGUCAUUAUGAUUGCGUCAACUCAGUUUGUUUCUCUCCUGAUGGAAAUACAUUAGCUUCUGGUAGUAGAGAUAACUCUAUCUCUCUAUGGGAUGUCAAAACAGGAUAAUAAAAAGCCAAAUUGGAUGGCCAUACUCAUUAUGUCUUAUCAGUCUGUUUCUCUCCUGAUGGAAAUACAUUAGCUUCUGGUAGUGGUGAUAAGUCUAUCCGUCUAUGGGAUGUAAAAAAAGAAUAAUAAAAAGGAUAAUUUGAUGGCCAUGAUGAUUCUGUCUUAUCAGUCUGUUUCUCUCCUGAAGGAAAUACGUUGUUGGCAUCUGGUAGUUGGGAUAACUCUAUUCGUCUCUGGGAUGUCAAAACAGGAAAAUAAAAAGCCAAAUUAGAUGGUCAUACUCAUUAUGUCUUAUCAGUCUGUUUCUCUCCUGAUGGAAAUACAUUAGCAUCUGGUAGUAAUGAUAACUCUAUUCGUCUCUGGGAUGUCAAAACAGGAUAAUAAAAAGCCAAAUUGGAUGGUCAUACUCAUUAUGUCUUUUCAGUCUGUUUCUCUCCUGAUGGAAAUACAUUAGUAUCUGGUAGUUAUGAUUACUCAAUCCGUCUAUGGGAUGCAAAAACUGGAUAAUAUAAAGCCAAAUUAGAUGGUCAUUCAUCUGCUGUCUCAUCAGUCUGUUUCUCUCCUAAUGGAAAUACAUUAGCAUCUGGUAGUUAUGAUAACUCUAUCCGUAUAUGGGAUGUGAAGACAGGAUAAGAAAUGAAAUCUCCAGAUAAUAGUUAUAACCAAAUUUUGGAAAAUUGCAAGAUCUCCUUGUUAUAGAACAAGCCUUUUACAAGUUUUUAUUAGAUUAUAUUAUUUAGUAACCCCUUAUAUUACUAUUCUCUGUAUAUCCCAAACUCAAAUAUUUUCGGCUUAAGGAGCUCUUGUCCUUAAAGGAGAGUUUAUUAAUUAGUAAGGCUUCGAUUUAAGAUCAUUAUUAAAAUCAAGAGGAUCUUUUAUUUUGGAAAGCAGUAUGCAAAAUUGA